CACUGGUUCGUUUGAUGCGUUUAGGCUUUGAUAUUGCCUCCGUUCCGUUUCUAUUUUUUUCCCUUCUCUUGACGGGCUCGACGUUAUUAUUAUUUUUUCCUUUCCUAGCUCACGGAGAGGGAAGAAAAAAGGUAAGGGUGGUAAAACGCGAAAACCUAAUCGAAAAACUCUCUCUCUACCUUUUACAGAUUUUAUUUUUCCCGGAAAAUAUCUGGAGUUUUUAUUUUUUUUAGAUUGCGAAAAUAAAGCAUCUCAGCUAGGGUUUCAAUUUGUUGUACGCUGUUGUUGGUGAAUUCGGGUGUCAAUCGCUGAAAAUGGUUAUUAGGGAUGCGAAUUCGUUGGAAUUCUAACUCCGAUCUUGAAGUUAGGGCUCGGGUUGUAGGUUUGAAGCAAUGGAUGUGGACUCGUCGAUGGUGCCGGAGACCGAUCAAGAUUCAGAGGUGCAAAACGCUUCGUCUCCAACGGCAAUGGAUGGGGAGCAGUUAAGGGAUCAGUCACAGCCCGCGGGAUCUUCGACUCCUGCCGUGCCUACACCGGUGCAGCCGCCUGCACAGCAGCAAAGCCCCGUGGUGGGGCCGAGGCAUGCACCUACUUACUCGGUGGUGAAUGCGAUUAUAGAGAAGAAGGAAGAUGGGCCGGGGCCUAGGUGCGGGCACACCCUGACUGCAGUGGCUGCUGUUGGCGAGGAAGGUACGCCUGGGUACAUUGGGCCGAGGUUGAUUUUGUUCGGUGGUGCCACGGCUCUUGAAGGCAAUUCUGCAGCCUCAGGGGCUCCUUCUUCAGCUGGGAAUGCCGGCAUUCGACUAGCAGGUGCUACUGCUGAUGUUCACUGUUAUGAUGUGCUAACAAAUAAAUGGUCUAGGAUUACUCCUUUUGGAGAACCACCCACGCCAAGGGCUGCUCAUGUGGCAACUGCUGUGGGAACUAUGGUGGUUAUUCAGGGUGGCAUUGGUCCAGCCGGUUUGUCUGCUGAGGAUCUUCAUGUUCUUGACCUCACACAGCAACGGCCACGGUGGCAUAGAGUUGUUGUUCAAGGUCCUGGACCAGGGCCACGUUAUGGGCAUGUGAUGGCUUUGGUGGGCCAAAGGUAUCUCAUGGCAAUUGGAGGGAAUGAUGGGAAGCGUCCUUUAUCUGAUGUUUGGGCCCUUGACACAGCUGCCAAGCCAUAUGAGUGGCGUAAAUUGGAACCUGAAGGGGAAGGUCCACCACCAUGCAUGUAUGCCACUGCAAGCGCCCGUUCAGAUGGUCUUCUUUUGCUUUGUGGGGGGAGGGAUGCAAAUAGUGUGCCGUUGGCAAGUGCUUAUGGCCUUGCAAAACAUAGGGACGGUCGCUGGGAAUGGGCAAUAGCUCCUGGUGUCUCUCCAUCUCCAAGAUAUCAACAUGCAGCAGUUUUUGUUAAUGCAAGACUCCAUGUGUCUGGAGGUGCACUUGGCGGUGGCCGCAUGGUAGAAGAUUCAUCAAGUGUUGCAGUUUUGGAUACUGCAGCUGGAGUUUGGUGUGAUACAAAAUCUGUUGUUACUAGUCCCAGGACUGGCAGGUACAGUGCUGAUGCUGCUGGAGGGGAUGCUGCAGUGGAGUUGACCAGGCGUUGCAGGCAUGCAGCUGCUGCAGUUGGUGACUUGAUAUUUAUUUAUGGUGGUUUGCGUGGUGGAGUAUUGCUUGAUGAUCUACUUGUUGCUGAAGAUCUAGCUGCUUCUGAAACAACAACUACGGCUUCUCAUGCUGCAGCUGCAGCUGCUGCAUCCAAUUUACAUGCAGGGAAGUUACCUGGAAGGUAUGGAUUUGUUGAUGAAAGAACUCGGCAAGCAAUUCCUGAAGCAGUACCUGAUGGUGCGGUUGUACUGGGUAAUCCAGUUGCUCCUCCUAUAAAUGGUGAUAUGUACAAUGAUAUAAGCACUGAAAAUGCCAUGCUUCCAGGAUCUAGGAGAACAAGCAAAGGCGUGGAGUAUUUGGUUGAAGCUUCAGCUGCAGAAGCUGAGGCUAUUACUGCCACUUUGGCUGCUGCAAAGGCACGUCAAGUUAAUGGCGAGGUUGAAUUGCCAGAGAGGGAUCGGGGUGCAGAGGCUACCCCAAGUGGCAAACAGAUAUCUACUUUGAUUAAGCCUGAUUCUGCUGUAUCAAAUAGCAUAGCUCCUGGAGUUCGGCUGCAUCACAGAGCUGUUGUUGUAGCUGCAGAGACUGGUGGAGCAUUAGGUGGGAUGGUCAGACAACUUUCAAUUGAUCAGUUUGAAAAUGAAGGCAGACGUGUCAGCUAUGGGACCCCUGAGAAUGCAACUGCAGCUAGAAAACUGCUAGAUAGACAGAUGUCUAUCAACAGUGUGCCCAAAAAGGUUAUAGCACAUCUUUUAAAGCCGCGUGGUUGGAAGCCUCCAGUUCGUCGUCAAUUUUUCUUGGAUUGCAAUGAAAUUGCAGAUCUUUGUGACAAUGCUGAAAAGAUAUUUUCAAGUGAGCCAAGUGUUUUACAGCUUAGGGCUCCUAUCAAGAUAUUUGGUGAUUUGCAUGGGCAAUUUGGGGAUCUCAUGCGCCUUUUUGACGAGUAUGGUGCACCUUCAACAGCUGGUGAUAUAGCAUAUAUCGAUUAUCUCUUCUUAGGAGAUUAUGUUGAUCGGGGUCAGCAUAGCCUGGAGACCAUUACUCUUCUGCUUGCCUUGAAGGUUGAGUAUCCCCAUAAUGUUCAUUUAAUUCGUGGGAAUCAUGAAGCUGCAGAUAUCAAUGCCCUUUUUGGAUUCCGGAUUGAAUGUAUUGAGCGCAUGGGGGAGAGAGAUGGAAUUUGGGUUUGGCAUAGGAUAAAUCGUUUGUUCAAUUGGCUUCCUUUGGCAGCAUUAAUUGAAAAGAAAAUCAUUUGUAUGCAUGGUGGUAUUGGUCGUUCGAUAAAUCAUGUGGAGCAGAUUGAGAAUCUUCAGCGUCCUAUUAGUAUGGAAGCAGGCUCUAUCGUGCUUAUGGAUUUGUUAUGGUCGGAUCCAACAGAAAAUGACAGUGUAGAAGGAUUGAGGCCAAAUGCUAGAGGUCCAGGGUUGGUGACUUUUGGGCCGGAUCGAGUAAUGGAGUUCUGCAACAACAAUGAUCUGCAGUUGAUUGUACGUGCACAUGAAUGUGUCAUGGAUGGCUUUGAGCGUUUCGCCCAGGGGCAUCUAAUCACUCUUUUCUCUGCAACCAAUUAUUGUGGUACUGCCAAUAAUGCGGGGGCUAUCUUAGUUUUGGGAAGAGACCUUGUGGUGGUUCCUAAACUAAUUCAUCCUUUACCACCAGCAAUCUCAUCACCUGAAACUUCGCCUGAACGCCACAUUGAAGAUACAUGGAUGCAGGAGUUGAAUGCUAAUAGGCCUCCUACGCCGACUAGAGGUCGUCCUCAAGCAACUAAUGAUCGGGGAUCUCUUGCUUGGAUAUAGUAGAUGCUUAUGACUAUUUCCUUGAUACUCAUUCUGCGCUCAUGCUACCACCUUGAGCAUGAUGCCAUCCAGGAAUUCCGAACUCGUAUUCGUUUGUUCCUGAUUUAAAACGGCAAGAGAUUACAAAGUAUACAAGUUCGGCAACACGCAGGCGGCAGUUGGGUUCUUGUUGUGCUAUAAGAUUCCGUUCAGAAGCACCCGCCUUGUAAAUCGAGGCACAAGCGGGUAGAAGUCAAAAGGUUGUUAAUUUCAACGGGUUGGUAGUGCGGGUAUUUUUCACACUAGUAUAUAUAUAUAUAUUUUCCUAUUCCUCGUCUUAGGCAUAACAUUUUCAUUUUAUAUAUAUUUUUUUCUAUUUUUAUGGGGGGGCAUGAUGAUGAGGCCCUUGCACGUGAUGGUGAGGUAUGUAAUAUUCAAGUCUUUGUGAGCGUCCCUGUAUCAUAGAGGUGUUGUAACCUGUGUAAUUUUCAUUUGUCUUCGUUACAAUGUAAUUUGUGUGGUGACAAGAAACAUUUGGAAGUUUUGGUUAGAAAUGACAAAGCCCGCCGUCCAACUGCAAAUUGCAGUUGGGCUGGCUUAAUGUGAGAAUUUUGUA